UCGAGAUCACAAGAUGUGUGACAUAUUAUCGCUUGCGUUUUUCCUAAAACUCUUAGCUAUCGUUGCUGUGGAGUCAAGACAAUACCAAGCAGGACAACUUUUCAGAAAGCAAGCGGGUUUUCGAAAAGUAGAAGAUCGUGGUGACUCUUUGGCGUCGGAGGAAAUUAUAUCCAAUCAUACUGUUCAUUCUCAGUUAGAAUGUUCCCUGAAAUGUCUCCAAAGCCAAGCAUGCGUGGGUUACAAUUACAGAGCAAAACCCAAAAAUAAGUACGCCAUAAAUUGCCAACUCAGCAAUAAAACCCGUGGAAAAAGUACAAAUGGCGAAGGGAAUGGAAAAUGGACGUUUUAUCAAGAACUUGAAUUAGCACCGUAUGGGUCAGAACGAAAUCCUGGAAGAUCUUGUGAAGAUAUUUUGAAACAAAGAUGUACAGACGAUAUUGGUGAUGGGAUCUACUGGAUGACUCUAGUAGAAACAAAUAGCAGCAGCGAUCAACCAUUUCCAGUAUAUUGCGAUAUGGAAAACGGCGGUUGGACUCUUGUGUUUAAAACGAUUGCUGGGGGAUCAGAAGUGAUCGGGAAUAUUUGGAAAGAUUCUCUUACACAUAAAGAGUCUUCACUUGAAGCCCUGAAUAAAAAAAGUUCCUUCAAGCAUUAUUACAAAAACAGAAUUGUACCAGAUUGGAAGAUGUUUAAUCCUACUAAGGUCCGUGUUGUACUCUACAGCCAAACCAAGGAAAAGCUCGUAUUGAGUUUUAACGCCAGUGGCACGAACAAUAUGGAUUGGUUUAGUGUUGACCGUCUGCAACAACCACCUUGGCAAGAUAUUGUCUCGUCUCCGAAGAACGUCUUCAGCAUAGAUGGGGAGUGUUUAGGGAAUCUUUGUCGCUCUUUUUUUAUCAAUAGCAUAUAUAACGGUUGCCCUGGUGAUGAAGGCUGGUUUAUGGUUGGUAGCAUUGCCCGCUGCGCUUGGGAAAAGCGAUUUCCUGGAAACUCUUUUCAGUAUAGUAAAAAUGAUAAAACUCGUGUUAUCUGGAGCCAAUAUGAUAAAGUUGGUACGGCGGAGGUGUUUACUGUUUAUCUUCGAUAGAAUAUUAUCACAGCACAUGUGCUUGGAAAUCGCGUAAAUUUUACCAAAACCAAAUGUCGAAAGUCGAAACAAGUUAUCAAAUUUCAUAUAUAGUAGCUAAUAAAAAGAAAGAACAACGCUAGGAUGACUCACAAUAACAAUAAAACACUAAAUUUAAAUACAAUUCUAAUGACAAGUGCCUUGUGACCGAAGUUGUGAGAAAUAGGGUCCCCGGGGACCAAAUUCUCCUUGGAUGAAGAAGUUUUCCAUGAUAUCGCACAAAUAGUUUUCUAAGUUUAUCACUUAUGCACAUGUUAUGUUUAUCACUACACAACUGGCAUUAACUGCACUGAUGCACCUGAUUAAGGCCCGGGUUAAUUGACCGAAAGCUUUGCAGUAUCUUGCGUGGUGUAUACCUACAAGCUAAUUUACUUAACAUCUAUACUUUAAUACAACAAAAGGUAAUAUAAUAUAAUAAACCUUUUACAAACUGUAUCAUG